GUAUUUGUAACUACGACUGACGUUUUAGUUAUCAUUCUAUCACUAGAUAUUUAACAUGUCGUAAAGGUUCAAUCCUCAAUCUUACAAACAUUAGAUUAAUUAAAUUUGUUGGUCAUUGGUUGUUAAGUUGUUUAAUUGAUUGAUUUUUGUCACAUGAAUACGUUGAUAUGGAUCACAGGCAGCACCCGGAUUUAAUCAGCACUCUCAGGCUCUUCAUCCAGAGGUUGGGUAGAUGGGGCACAUCCAGGGAAGAUAGCGACAGCUCUGAUGAUGAAAUUACCAUUUCAGAUUCAAUGCCCAAAGAUAUGGCUUUUUGCAGCACAGAACAACUCGCUAAAAAUGAUAUAUGUUUCGAGACAAAACUGGCGUCUGGGUUGAUGAGUCCUGAGGUGAACGAUGCUAAUCAAUGUGUUAUGCCCAUCAUCCAGAGGAGCCAACUUGGGCCGGGUUUUACUGCUGGACAAAUUCGCAGAAUCGGAAACCAUUUUUUACCGAACACCAUGAAGAGGGUUGAUAAGUACAAUAGUAAAGCUUUCUGUGGGACAUACUCCAAGCAUGGAGAUCUACUCGUCACUGCCAGUCAAGAUAACUAUUUACGAUUUUAUCACACUCGAAAUGGAGUCUACAAGCUGUUCAAAAAAUUAAAUGCCCAAAAUGUUUCCUGGAGUGUUUUGGACACUGCAUUCAGCCCUGAUGGGAAUUACAUUGCCUAUUCAAGUUGGUCCAACUCACUGUACCUUUGCCCGAUUUACGACGAGCCAAAUCUCCAAGAGGCUCUUGUCCUCGACCGCUCGGACACGGGAAGAUUUUGUAUAUUUUCACUUGUAUUCUCGGGCGAUGGCAGGGAGAUCCUGGGUGCUGCCAACGAUGGAUACCUUUAUGUUUACGAUAGAGAGUGUCACCAGCGUACUAUCAAAAUUGCGGGUCAUACGGAGGAUGCCAAUACGGUGGCUUUCGCUGACAGCACAUCGCAGAUUUUGUACAGCGCGGGCGAUGAUGGCCUUUGUAAGGUAUGGGACCGAAGAACUCUGAACGAAGCACAUCCUCACCCAGUGGGAGUCCUUGCCGGUCACGCUGAUGGAAUAACAUACGUAGAUUCCCGUGGUGAUAGUCGGUAUCUGAUAACAAAUAGUAAGGACCAAACUUUAAAACUCUGGGAUGUGCGGGUAUUCUCGAGCGCCGAGGCGAUCGAAAAUGCUUGUCGUGCUGUUUCCAGCCAGGACUGGGAUUACAGAUGGCCACGGGUUCCCACGAAGUAUUGGACUGCUCAGAAAGGGAAGCUGGAAGGUGAUACCAGUGUGAUGACAUACAAGGGCCAUCAGGUUGUACAGACAUUGGUGAGGUGUCAUUUUUCUCCACCUGUUACGACAGGCCAGAGAUACAUUUACAGUGGCUGUGGAACUGGAAAAGUCAUAAUUUAUGAUCUCCUAACUGGGAGCAUAGUUAGAACAUUGGAAGGACAUAAAGGUUGCGUCAGAGAUGUCAGCUGGCACCCAUAUCGCCACGAAAUCAUAUCGUCCUCUUGGGACGGAGUGAUUGGUGCUUGGAAAUAUGUAACGAAUGAUUUCGAAUUGAACGACGAGUGGGCGGAGGGACACUAUCGAGAAAAGAACAAACCAUCGAUUCCAAGAAAGGAAUGAAAUACUAUUUUAAUUACAUUUAAUCAGUAAGUGCUAAUAAAUAUUGAAUAUUUCACUGGA